CUCCCUGCAGAAAGAAGAGCCUCUGCUCCAGCCGGGAGGGAGAAGGAGCCAUGGCUGCCCGCCUUGCUCUUCUGUUCUGUCUAGGGCUCUGGCUGGAACCCAAGGUGGAUGUGGAUGCAGUAACGUAUAUAGAAACAACUCCUCGCCUCUGGAUCGAGACCAAAUCCCCGUCCACUCCCUGGAGCGCCGUGACUCUCCAGUGUGAGGUCACCAAUACCGCGGCCCUGAGCUUCCAGCUGUGGAAAGAUGGGGAGCUCCUCUCUACCCUCCCUGCCGAGGGCCCCGUCGCCGAGUUCCAGCUUGGGCCAGUGACAGCCGACAACAGGGGCAUUUAUCGUUGCCGGGUAGAGAUGGCAAAAAACCAGUGGACCUCCCUGAGCGCCCCAGUGGAGGUGUCGGGCAAAGAGCCUCUCCCUGCCCCCUCGAUGCGGGCUGAGCCUGGACCCUGGAUCCUCCACGGCCUGGAGACCCAGCUGCACUGCCAAGGGGCACUGCUGGGCAUGAUCUUCGACCUGUACCGGGAAGGAGAGCCGGCGCCCGUGAACAGCUCCCACACGCCAGGGACAGAGGCCACCUUCGUCAUCAGCAGCACCGGGAACUACAGCUGCCUCUACCGAGCACCCGCGCCAGCUCCCGGGGUGAACUCGGCGCCCAGUGAGACCGUACACGUUGUGAUACCAGACUUCCUCCCAAAGCCCUCCUUCUACUCUACGGACAACCGAGUCAUCAGGCCUGGAGACUCCGUGAAUUUCAGCUGCAGGGGGAGAUUCCCCAGCCUGGAAUUCAAGCUGUUGAAAGACGGGCAGCAGGUGUUGGUACACAGUAUGUCUUCCACGGAACCUGAGCGCAUAGACUUCCACCUGGUGAACCUGGGCCCUGGGGACGGGGGCAAGUACAGCUGCCGGUACCAGUUCAGGAAUGGGCCACUGAUCUGGUCAGAAGACAGCGAGCCCCUGGAGCUGGUCCUGACCACAGAGACAUUAGCCAAGCCUUCCCUGUCUGUCGAGCCUCGGGAGGCUGUGAUUUCUCGAGGGACCAACGUGACCAUGCGUUGCCAGGGGUCCCAGCCCAACGUGAGGUUCGUCCUGCUGAAGAAAGGCUCGCCCGGGCCCAUGUUGGUGCUGAGCUCUCCCGAGCCCCACGCCGACUUUGUCCUGCCGGACAUCCUGAGCUACGACAGCGGCAAUUUCAGCUGCCUUUACGUUCAGACGGAGGCCCCGUUCGCAGGCUCCCAAAGGAGUGAGGAUGUGGAGAUGCGAGUGGACGGCCUUCUCCCCAAGCCCACGCUGCAUCCUGUGCACCCUGUGGUGACCCCUGGGAGGGACGCAGUUCUGCGCUGCUCAGGAGAGAUCCCUAAUUCCCGUUUCCAGCUCUUCAGGGACGGAGAAAACGAAGAGUUGGAAGUCUGGCCUUUGCUCAUUAAUGACCACACUGUGGACUUCCUCUUGGAGAAUGUCAAUCGCCAGGAUGGGGGCAAGUACAGGUGCCGCUAUGCCACCAGGGUGGAGCCUAUCUUGGUCUCAGAGAUGAGUGACCCUGCAGAGCUCCAGGUGACAGGUGAGAGCUCCAGGGCCCUUGGGACAUGGGGGUAUCUCAGCCCCUGA